AUGCCAGAGUGGUUCAGGUCCAGAGUGGUUCAGGUCUACAGUGGUUCAGGUCCACAGUGGUUCAGGUGCUACAGUGGUUCAGGUGCUACAGUGGUUCUGGUGCUACAGUGGUUCAGGUCCACAGUGGUUCAGGUGCUACAGUGGUUCAGGUCCACAGUGGUUCAGGUGCUACAGUGGUUCAGGUCCACAGUGGUUCAGGUGCUACAGUGGUUCAGGUCCACAGUGGUUCAGGUCCACAGUGGUUCAGGUGCUACAGUGGUUCAGGUCCACAGUGGUUCAGGUGCUACAGUGGUUCAGGUCCACAGUGGUUCAGGUGCUACAGUGGUUCAGGUGCUACAGUGGUUCAGGUCCACAGUGGUUCAGGUGCUACAGUGGUUCAGGUCCACAGUGGUUCAGGUGCUACAGUGGUUCAGGUGCUACAGUGGUUCAGGUGCAGAAGCUGCAGAAGCACAAAGUUCUCAUUGA